CGCGCCGGCGCUGCCUGGGCCGGAGGCGGCCUGGCGGAGCCGGGAAAGGUGGCGGCGUUGCUAUGGCGGUGGGGAGGCUGCUGCUGCUGCGAGCCGGGUCGAGGCUGUUGCGGGAGCGCCGGGACCCGGUAUCACAGUGCUUGAUCAGAAGAACCUUUUCUGGGUACCCCCUAAAUAAAGGAAGUUCUGCUCUGGUCCAGCAGACUAAAGGUGUUUGUUUGAGGUUCUGCAGACCAAGAAGUUCUGCAGCAGCUGCUGAUGCAUCUGGAGAGGACACCUUGCUCAAAUGGGGCCUUUUCCUGGUCCCCCUGACUGCGUUCUGCCUGGGCACAUGGCAGGUUCAGCGACGGAAGUGGAAAUUGGCUUUGAUUGCACAACUGGCAUCAAGGAUUUCAUCAGAGCCCAUCCCUCUGACCUUAGACCCCAUGGAGCUGAAGGAGCUGGAGUACAGGCCUGUGAGGGUCCGAGGGCGCUUCGACCACUCCAAGGAGCUCUACGUCUUGCCGCGGUCGCUCGUGGACCCCGAGCGAGAAGCCAGGGAGGGCGGGAGGCUGACGUCCCACCCCGAGAACGGAGCCCAUGUCAUCACCCCCUUCCACUGCACAGAGCUGGGGGUCACCAUUUUAGUCAACCGAGGAUUUGUGCCCAAAAAGAAACUGAAGCCAGAGACCAGGCUGAAGGGACAGAUUGAAGAGGAGAUUGAGCUCACCGGGGUGGUGAGGCUGUCAGAGAAAAGGAAACCUUUUGUGCCUGAAAACAACCUGGAGCUGAACCGCUGGCACUACCGUGACCUGGAGGCCAUGGCCAGGGUGACUGGAGCUGAGCCCAUCUUCAUUGAUGCAGAUUUCAGAAGCACAGUCCCUGGGGGGCCCAUUGGGGGCCAGACAAGAGUGAGCCUGAGGAAUGAGCACAUGCAGUACAUCAUCACCUGGUAUGGUUUAUGUGCUGCAACUUCCUUCUUGUGGUACAGAAAAUUCAUACAGAAGAUCCCUCGGUGAGGGAAGGGCUGAGCACUUCUGCACUGCAGACAGCAUCUUGCAAGCUUGGUAGAAGACAGCAGCCUGAGCAGCCCUGAGCAGCUGCAGCACCCAGUUUCAGGGCAAGAUGUGCAGCCAUCGAGGUGCAAACAGACUUCAAAUUGGUGCAGACUCAGCUCCUGCCAGUGAGGUUCUGGCUGCAGCCUGGAAGUGCUGAACUUUGGAACUGAGUGGCUGUUGAGGAGGCUACCCCAAGAGUCAGCUGCACUGGAAAGGUGAAGGAUGCAUUUUUCUCUGAUGGUUUUAACUUCUUCACUGCUGUAUGUCCCUAAAGACUGGCAGGGAUUUCGUGAAGCCAAGUUUCACUGCACCAAGCAGGCAUUCCUGAAGUCAGGAAUAGUUGCUAGCAGAAUAAAGAGUGCCUAGAGGUGCUGCCUUGUGACUUGCAUUGUGCAUCUUGUGUCUUCAGGAGGAACAGACCCACCUUCAGGGAACCUGGGGGGACUCAGGUCUAGCUGGGGAGGGCAGCCUGUGACUGUGCAACUGCUCAGUGGGGGCUGGCAAGGCCAAGCAGCUAUUGUCCAGCUUGGAGCCUCCUACAAUGCCAGAAGACAGCCAGCAAGGAACAGGAAAGGUCUAGAUUCUUCCCCCACCACUUGAGCUUUGCCUUCACUGAGCAGUCUUGUCCUGGAAGAGACAUUACAGACUUCCCUGCCUAAUUAAGCUGGUAAAGUGUUGAAACUCCCUGCA